UCACUUCAAUGUCAGCUUCAUAACUCAAUGUUAAAAAUGAAUCAAUGAAAACUUACAUAAUGUAUCUAUAAUCUACUUUGAUGGAUACAAAUUAAUCAUCGAUCUUUACCAGUUGUUGACCAAUCGGACAGCAUCUUGGAGAUUGCUGCUCGGUAUCGAUGAACCGCGGUAGCCGACCCGGUCCACCAGAAGAGUCGAACUGUACAACAGCUUCCGUUAACAUGAAGAACGAAGAGACGUUGCAGAGCCACCAGCAGCGCAACAUGUUAGCCGAGGCGAUAGCGUCGCUACCGCCCGUGCCACAGAACCUGUCGGCGAUCGCCCUCUUCCAUCAGCUGCCCAUAUUGUACCAGCAGCACUACCAGCACAUGUUGCAAUCCCGGAUCCUGCCGUACCUGCAGGAAUCGUUGAGAUUGCAGAGUACCGCAAACAUUAUCGACAAGCCGCAGCUGUCAACGAUGCCGACGGUUAGUCCGUUCGACCAGCCGUCUUCGGAACAGAACGCCGUGUCGGCCGCAGCGGUGGCGGCCGCGGACAUGGCGGCCGCCGGAUGCAACGAGAAGCCGCCGUACUCGUACAUAGCGCUGAUCGCCAUGGCCAUCACGUCCACGCCCAACCAGCGGAUGACGCUCAGCGAGAUAUACAAUUACAUCACAGAAAAGUUCCCGUACUACCGUCGGAACAGACAGGGCUGGCAGAACUCCAUCCGGCACAACUUGAGCCUGAACGACUGUUUCAUCAAGAUACCCAGGGGUCGGACCGGCAUGGAUGACAACAUGGGCGGUGGCAAGGGUAGCUACUGGACGCUGGACCCGGUGGCCGCGGCUGACAUGUUCGAACGGGGCAACUACAGACGGAGACGGAUGCGUCGGCAUAGACCGUACCAGCAGCACAACCACCAUCAUCAGACGACCCAACCAGACAUUAAGUCGCUACUACAGCAACCACAGGUACCUCACCACCAUCAUCACCAUCAUUUUGCGGUGUACCCCGAGUUCCAAUUGUCCACCAGAAAUGCGAUAGCCGCCGAAUCAUUGACAGAUAAACAGCACGCGGUCGCAGACACGGUGUCCUCGCACAACUUGGCGUUCCACAUCGAAAACCUGAUACAGAAAAAGCACCAUGUAGGCGAGCUCUCCCAAGAAGAGAUUGUAUCCUCCAGUAGCGUGCAUAACAACAACGACUCGUCGCAUCCGGGCGACGAACAGCUGAUAGUCGAGUCUAAGCCCAAAUUGAUCAUCAUCAACGACGAAGACGACAGCAACAACAGCGGUGGCAGCAGACAUUAGAAAUCCUAUAACAGUGCAUGUAUAAAUUAUAAUUUUGUAAUUACAAUAUAAUAAUAAUAAUAAUAAUAAUAAUAAUAAUUAAGUAGGUACACGGGUACAUGCACUUGGCCGAAUGUACAACAUGUGACGUCAUGUGCAAUGAAACUGUAUAGUACUCUACGAGUUCUCAAUACGUAUGUGUGCGUGAGUGUGGACGACGUGUGUUUAUCUUUGGUCGAGAAAAACGAUAUCGCACCAGCUAGUAUUAAUUUCGUAAUAAAAAUAUAUAUAAUGUUAUUGUUAUUAUUAUUAUUAUAAAUAUGCUGUGAAUCGUUUAUGGUUUUAUUUCUCUUUGUACAAAAUUUUUAUCGAGCUGUGUAUUAUGAUGUUGACGAAACAUGAACUCAGAACUGUAAUACGUUACAUUAUUAUAUUAUACUAUUUGAUUGUAUACCUAUUUGUGUCCACGUGUAUGUAUUAUAACUCGUGUAAUUAACGUCGAUUUAAUACACACACGCAUUUAUAAAUGUUUAAUUGAUGCCAACGUCGAUGUAACAUUAUAUAUUUCUUUGACAACCACCUAUCGACUUACUUCGAAAUAAUAAUAAUAAUAAUAAUAAGAUAAAUAGGCAA